AUGGCUGUUGGCAAGAACAAGAGACUGUCCAAGGGCAAGAAGGGCCUUAAGAAGAAGGCCCAGGACCCCUUCGCCCGCAAGGACUGGUACGGCAUCAAGGCCCCCGCGCCUUUCGCCAUCAGAGACGUCGGCAAGACCCUCGUCAACAGAACCACUGGUCUCAAGAAUGCCAACGAUGCUCUGAAGGGCCGCAUCGUCGAGGUUUCUCUGGCCGAUCUCCAGAAGGAUGAGGACCACGCUUUCCGCAAGGUCAAGCUCCGUGUCGAUGAGGUCCAGGGCAAGAACUGCCUCACCAACUUCCACGGCCUUGACUUCACCUCCGACAAGCUCCGCUCGCUCGUCCGCAAGUGGCAGACUCUGAUCGAGGCCAACGUCACCGUCCAGACCACCGACCACUACCUCCUCCGCCUCUUCGCCAUCGCUUUCACCAAGCGCCGCCCCAACCAGAUCAAGAAGACCACCUAUGCCGCUUCUUCCCAAAUCCGUGCCAUCCGCAAGAAGAUGACCGAGAUCAUCCAGCGCGAGGCUUCCAGCUGCACCCUCCAGCAGCUCACCUCGAAGCUUAUCCCCGAGGUUAUCGGCCGCGAGAUCGAGAAGGCCACCCAGGGCAUCUACCCUCUCCAGAACGUCCACAUCCGCAAGGUCAAGCUCCUCAAGGCUCCCAAGUUCGACCUCGGUGCCCUCAUGGCUCUCCACGGCGAGUCCAGCACCGAUGAUGCUGGCCAGAAGGUUGAGCGCGAGUUCAAGGAGACGGUCCUUGAGUCCGUAUAA